CUCUCAGCCGGUGUCCGCCCCCUUAACGGUUCCCGCGCACACAGUAGAAACGGAAACGGUGGCACAGAUAAAAGCCAGCAAUACUUUUCAGAAGGUUCACGUUCCCCGACAAACAGCUUUAACAUUAUUUUUGUUCCACUAGCUGUACAUCCUGUUUCCAUAAUGCCUCGCAUUGAGAAUGACAUCAAGCUGGACUUCAAGGAUGUGCUCCUCCGUCCAAAGCGGAGCACACUAAAGUCUAGGAGCGAGGUGGACCUCAUGAGGAGCUACACUUUUAGGAACUCCAAGGGCAGCUACAGAGGGAUCCCCAUCAUAGCUGCAAACAUGGACACUGUGGGGACCUUUGAGAUGGCCCUGGCUUUGCACCAGUUUACUCUCUUCACCGCAAUUCACAAACAUUACACUGUGGACGACUGGGUGGAGUUUGCAGCAAAGCAUCCCGAAUGUGUGAAGAGUGUAGCAGUCAGCACAGGCACCGGUGACGGUGACUUUGACAGGAUUUCGGCCAUAUUGGCGGCGGUGCCGGACCUGGAGUAUAUUUGCGUAGACGUAGCCAACGGCUACUCUGAGCACUUUGUUCAUUUUGUCAAAGACGUCAGGGAGAAGUUCCCCUCUCACACUAUAAUGGCUGGAAACGUGGUGACAGGAGAGAUGGUAGAAGAGCUGAUCCUGGCUGGCGCUGACAUCAUUAAAGUCGGCAUCGGACCAGGCUCUGUGUGCACCACCCGCAAGAAGACAGGGGUGGGGUACCCCCAGCUCAGUGCUGUGAUCGAGUGUGCAGAUGCAGCCCACGGUUUGGGUGGACACAUCAUCUCUGAUGGGGGGUGUACUUGCCCAGGAGAUGUCUCAAAGGCUUUUGGUGCUGGAGCAGACUUUGUGAUGCUGGGAGGUAUGCUGGCAGGCCACUCAGAAAGCGGGGGAGAGAUUAUUCAGAAAAACGGCAAGAAAUACAAGCUGUUCUACGGCAUGAGCUCCGACACAGCAAUGAAGAAACAUGCAGGAGGCGUGGCCGAGUACAGAGCGUCGGAGGGGAAGACAGUCGAAGUCCUUUACAAAGGUCCGGUGGAAGAGACGGUAAGAGACGUCCUGGGUGGGGUCCGCUCCACCUGCACUUAUGUUGGGGCGGGCAAACUGAAGGAGCUGAGCCGCAGGACCACGUUCAUCAGGGUCACCCAACAGCUCAACACCGUCUUUGGCAACGACAGCUGAGUUUGCGGCUGGACUGAGGGAUGAGUCUGCAACACUGCCUGUCUGACACCCAGAUGCUCUUUGUGCAUUGACCAUCUAUACAAUAGUAUAUAAUUAUAUAAAUACUGCCCUUUUACUGUCCUUAUUAGUUUUUAAGUUACAGUUCUUACAAUGCAGUUUUAGUGAAAAGAAUUUUGACUUCACUGACAUUAGUCUCUAAGUUCUUUGCUGUCUCAUCAUUCCAAUGCAAGGUCUUCACAGUUGUUCUUUUUACAAGUACGUAAAUCUGUGGCCCUCUCUAAACAGUAUUUGUAAUGUCUCUAUGCUCUGUGACGACAUCGGCCUUCAUCACUCACAUAUAAAAUCACAGCAAAUGUCUCAAUUUUUUGGGGGGUUUUUUGAGAAAGCCUAAAUAUAUAUGUAGCUGCUCUGGCUAAUUUGGCUAAAAGUGAAGUCAUUCCAUCACUCUAAUCGCACUUUAAUUAUAAUUCGAGAAUCUAAAUAUUUAGUUUGUGGUCUCAUAGAUAUGUUUUAAAGCUGCAGUUUCAUACUACUGCAUACGUAUAUUGCAUAAUUACGUUUUUUGUUUUAUUCUUGAAUUAAAUGUGGGAGAAUUUAUAAUACAGACCAGUGCUGAAUGCUGAAGUACCAUACUAGAUUAAUAAAGUGCUGAAUUCAUAGUAGAGAUGUUAUAAAUAUAAACAUAUAUGCAGCGUUUCUCUACUCCUGAUCAAUACCAAAGUCUGUGUGGGUUUAUGUUAGUGAUGUGCACAUUCCUGUAUAUGUCUGGCUCAUUACAGCCUUUAAAUGAAGUGGUCAGCCCUUGGAAGUCCUCAUCAGUAUUUGUAAUAGUUUCAUUUCACGUAGUGUCUGUUGUCACUCUGUUUCAAGCUGUUCUUACUUGACCAUUCCCUGUUAUGUUGGUAUGAAAAUGGCAAAAUGUUAAAUCAAAAUGCAGAUUUUAAUCUCAUCCUUUUUUCACUUCAUGUUUUAAUGAGUCAAUAAAAACAUUCCCCAUCUUGAAA